AUGACAACACUGAAGAAGCUUGCAAAGCUCUUUCAAAUUACUGGAGAAUCAGAACAGUCAUUAGAAUUCGCCAGAUAAAAUCUUUGCAAAGCUUCAGCCUUCGAACCUUACGCAUCAUUCUAGAGAUUGGAUAGAUUAAGCAAAGGUUAUUUGACUCCAAGAGACUUUUUAAAUUUUUUGAAGGAUAAUGGCAUUGAUACUGCAGAUGAAUUCGAUGCUAAAUUACUCAUUAACUAUUUCGAUGCUACAGGCGAGGGAAGACUCUUUUAUACUGAAGCUGCUUGCACUUAGAGACCAACCUAUCCAGUUGGACCAAAUGAGUAUCUUCCAUUUGAUGUAGAAAGAUUAUUAGCUAAACUCGUGCAAAAAGAAUUGAAGCUAGCAAGAGAUGCAGAAAGAAUUAAAUAGGAAUUAGCUUCUAGGUAUGAUUACAGUUUAGACAGAUUAUUCAAAGAUGUCGAUGAUAUUAACUACAACUAUGUGGACUAGCAAAAUCUUAAGAGAUUCCUAAUUAAAUGUGGGGUUUUUCCAAAUGAAGCAACUCUAAUUUCUAUCCUGAGAAGAUUUGAUUUAGAUGCUGAUGCCAAGCUAAAUAAAAAGGAAUUUAUUGAGGGAGUUAAACCAAGUGCAGAUGAUUUCUCAAAGAGACAGACCAAUCAAAAGUAGACUUUAGCUUCAAGCAGAGUAUUCUCACCUAAAUCUAGCUAGAAGAAUAAGUCAUUCAGAAGUAGUAGCAAAGAUGAAGAAAAUAGAGGGAAUGAAAUAAGAUCUCCAACAUAAACAUUUAGAGCAAAGAGCUCACUCAAGAAGAAAAGAUCAUCUAACAAAUCCCAUGCUAAAUUAGGUGAGUCAAAUGGAAAGGCAGAUUACACUUCAUUUUAAGAAAGAAGAGAAGAAUAGCAUGAUGCAAAUUAAGUCUCUUAACUAAUUAGAUCUCCAUCCUAGAAUAAUUAUAACACUGCAGGAAAAGAAAAUUCACCAUUAAGAAUGAAAUACCUUCAAUCUUAAAACCAACUUUUGACAUCCCACUUCGAUGGAAAUAAAAGUGGACAUCACAAUACGCUUAGUCCAGGUGCUUCAAGACUAAAUGAGUCUCUUCACAAGAGCAGAUUAAAUGAAUCUCAAUUCACUAGUUCUAGAGCAGAUUUAAGAAGUCCCCAGAGAGAUAAUGAAGAAGGAGAAGCCUGCUUAAUAUACUUGAUAAGAAAUUGUUUCAGGGACCUAUUAGCAAUUGAGAGUGGACUUGAGCUUGCAAAGAAAGAGCUUGCUUUGAGACCAGAUUUCACUCUUGCAGGAGCAUUCAAUUUCUUCACUGGCUAUAGUUAGGACAGAUUGAGUUCUGACGAAAUUUUCUAAGGCUUCGAGAGAUUAGGAGUUGUCUGUGAUAUCUCAGAUGUUAAGUUAUAUGUAGAGAGAUAUGAUGCUGAUAGAGAUAAUAAACUAGGUUUUUGGGAGUUUUCUAACUCACUUCUUCCAGUGGAAACCAUUGUGAGAGAUGAUCUUGAGAGAAGAAGAGCUCAGUUUGAUUUAAGCUAUGAAACUAAGGAGCUGCUCAGAAGAACUUUCAGAAAGUUAAUAGAUGCUGAGACUAUGAUCGAAAAUCUAAGACAAAGAAUUGCAAGAGAGCAAUCAGUUUCAUUGAGAAAAGCAUUUGACCAGAUUGACUGGCUUGGCAGAGGAUUCCUGACAAAUAAUGAGUUUAAGAGAUCAUUUGAAAACUAUGGUCAAAGAAUGUCCUCAGCUUCUUUAUCUCAAUCAAUUGUGCUCAGAUAAGACUAGAUUGAAUUAGAGUCACUUAUUAGAAGGUUCAAUAAGGACAAGCUUAACGGAAGAGUUUCCUUACCAGAAUUCUUAGAGGAACUUACUCCCAAGAAUCCAUCCAAGGUCUAUUGA